AAUAUAUGUCCAUAUAUAGAAUGGUUAUUAGCGGUCGUUGACGCAAUGACCCAAAAGCUUUUCUAGGCGAAGUGGUCAUAUAGUAUUCACAGUGUUACCAUUAAAACGAAGUUGUUUAACGUUACUGUAGCUAGAUAAACUCUGGAAAGGAGUAGCGUGAAAACAAGUUAAAAAUAUUCACAAAAAAUUAACUUCUCUAAACGUCUACGUGAAAAGUUUUCAAAACAUUUACCGGAAGUUGAACUUACUUGAGGUAGGCCAAUAUUAAUGUUAAAUAAUUACUCAAAUUGUAAAAUGCUAACCCUUAUUGGUAUUAGUACCCUAUUCGAAAAUAUAAUCAGACGUUUGUAGCUGUGCUCUACAAUUCAAAAUGUCUAGCCGUAAGACCAGAUCAAGGACUGGACCAAAGAAACGUGCUCAACGAGCCACUUCCAAUGUAUUUGCGAUGUUCGACCAAGCUCAAAUUCAAGAAUUCAAGGAAGCAUUCAACAUGAUAGACCAAAACAGAGAUGGUUUUAUUGAUAAAGAAGAUCUUCACGAUAUGCUAGCUUCAUUGGGGAAGAACCCAGAAGACAAAUACCUGGAAGAUAUGAUGAACGAAGCUCCGGGUCCGAUCAAUUUCACCAUGUUCUUAACUCUGUUUGGUGAGCGACUUCAAGGUACAGACCCUGAAGAUGUCAUAAAGAAUGCAUUUGCCUGCUUUGAUGAGGACAAUAGUGGCUAUCUUCAUGAAGAAAGACUCAGAGAGUUGCUUACCACCAUGGGUGAUAGAUUCACAGAUGAGGCUGUGGACAGAAUGUAUAGUGAAGCUCCUAUAGACAAGAAUGGUAUGUUUGAUUACUUAGAAUUUACUCGUAUAUUGAAGCAUGGUGCCAAGGAAAAGGAUGAUCAGUAGAAGUCACCCAUCUUCAUCUUCUGCAUUAUAUUGAGUUGAACUGCAUAUAAUAUUAUAUUUUAAUGAACUAAAAAAAGUUAUGCAUUAAUGCUUUAUGUUUGAGGAAACUAACACAAACCACUUGUUUUAAGUUGUUAUUUAAUGGAAAAGGGAUCAUUUUUUUUCAAUUUUGUUUUACAAAACUUCUCUAUUCUGGCUAAGCAUUUAUGUAUCUUUAAUAUACUAUAUGUAAAAUCAUUGAUAAUAAAAUUCCAACUGUGAAAACAUAA